AGCCCCCAGAGAAAGAUACAGAAGUUCAAAGUUACCCCAAUCCAAACUUGUUUCUACUUAAGAAGAAUGUAAUUUCCCUUUCUUUGUGUGAAGUUUACACGACGAGGACCUCCUUUCUGAAGUCAAUGCCAUGAGCUUACAAUGAGUCACUUUCCCUUUAGAAAUUGGAACGCGGCUUUCCACACGCUUUUGGUUGUUUACUCCAUUAUUGAUGGAGCACAAUUCACGAUGGAUAUAUCUUCAACUAACCAUUAAGGUCUCAUCCACACUUGUUUCUUAUUGCUAAACCUUUGAACACCAAGGUGCGUCGGUACUCACUCACCUUUUAAUUUCUUUUUCAUCAUUUUGUUUUGCUUAUAAUAUUAUAGGCCGCAAUAAUUCGGCUAUGUGGAGUAGUAUAAAAAGUAUCAAAUCCACAUAGAUCAGUCAUCAAGUACCGUUUCCACGAGUAUCACUUCUUAUUGCUAAAACUAGUUUGUUUGCGAGAAUAUGAAAUAUUUCACUUUUUAAUAUUAAAACUUAAGUUCGUUAUAUUAAUCAUAACAAGAAUUCUGAUUUUUUUUUUUUUAGAAAACAUCAAAAUUAAUGGUAAUGUCCACUUUCGUCGCCGCGUCACCGGACCUUAAAACCGAUAAAACAUCUAUUUUUGCAAUAUGAAUUUUUAGUUUAAAAAUCUUUUACAAUCUCUCGAUCAAUUCUGAUUGACUUUGGCAAGUCUCGGAGCCUAUCUUUGGAAUUUCUAAGUCAGAUCAAUUCUGAUUAGCUUUUGCAAGUCUCAGAGCCUAUCUUUCGAAUUUCUAAGUCGGAUACCGUUUUUGCCCUUUCGGCGCGUAAACGGUAUUUCGGUACUUCUACUUUCGUAGCAAAUAUAUUUCUUUUUGAAAACAGAAAUUACAAAAUAAUUACAUCAUUCUCAUUACAUGAGGUCCGUCGGUAUGAUGGUUCUUAUGUCUCAGACUCUACGCAAAAUCUACUUAGACAUAAUUAACGGUAAAACACCAUAAACAUACAUAGCAUAGCAUGCAUUGUAAACAACAGUAAAAUAAACGAUUCUGAAAUUAAGAAUGCUCUGAAGGGAGACUUUUGAUCUAAGAGUACAGCAGCAACAGUAUAAAACACAACAGAUAAAUUAUGUGAAAAUGGAAAUUUGCAUAAACUUGAAAACAUGAUUUUAGAGUAAUUUUAAUACAAAAUAAAGCUUGGAUCCCCUCCAAAUCAGUUACAGUACAAAUAUAUAGCUAUUUUCUCACUCCAAUGAUAGUUGAAAGUUGAAACCUUCAAAAAUCGUGCAGAACACAAGAAACUUCCUAGAGAAAAUACUGGAACUGCCUGAACAUGGGGCUGUCUGGGCGUCAUCUCUGAUGACGGCCAGCCCGUCAUGGUGCUAUUUUGAAUCCAUGACGGGUGUCAUGCAGGAUGAUGGUAUGCUCGUCAUGGUUUCAUCAGUGCUUACUCCUUGUUUCUCUGGGACCAUUAGACCAUAACGGUGUCAUGGAGGAUGACGGCCUGCCCAUCAUGGUUGUUGAUAGCUUGAUUCUCUUGUACUUUUCCUUCCGUAGUCAACGCCAGAUGUCUUUUAUCUGUAACACAAUGAAAACACCUAGUAUUUGCAGUAAAAUGCGAAUAAAAACAUACGAAAACAUAGAAAUAAAAUUAGAUAAAAACGGUCGUGAUCAUACUACUACUACUACUCAUAACAAUGCUGUUUGAUGUUUAGCGCAACCAAUUUUGAUUGUUUUGUUCAAUUUACUUAACUUGUUUUUGUGGGAUCCUGGAAAUGAAGUGUCCUCCUAAAUGAAACUUCUUUUAAUAGAUUUUUUAACGUCGUGUUUUGGAAUUUAGGAGAAGAGAAUUUUUGAAGAAGACUUGACAAAAAUCGAAGUCAACUGACAACUGAGUGCUUAUUGAUGUAUAUAUGACUUCUUCUUCUGAGUCAAACUCAAAGCAUCAAGUUUUUCUCAACUUUAGAGGGGAAGAUACUAGAUGCAAUUUUACAAGCCAUCUCUAUGCUGCAUUGCGUGGAAAAAACAUCCAAACAUUCAUGGAUGAUAAGCAAAUUCAGAGAGGAGAUGGUAUCUCACCAACACUCCUCUCAGCUAUUGAAAACUCCAACAUUUGCGUAACAAUUUUCUCGCAAGAUUAUGCUUCUUCUACAUGGUGUUUGGAUGAACUCGCGAAGAUCAUUGAAUGCAAUGACAAGAAAAAACUUAUUGUCAUACCUGUUUUCUAUCACAUUGAUCCAUCUCAUGUGAGACACCAAAGGGGAACCUACCAAGAUGCCUUUGCCAAACACGAGGAGCGUUUCAAUGACAAUCUAAUCAAGGUACACAAGUGGAGAACUUCCUUGCAUAAAGCUGUUAACUUAGCGGGAUGGAUUUCCUCAAAAAAUAGGUCUGAGGCAGUACUAGUUAAAGAAAUUGUUGAAGUUAUAUUAGAUAAACUGAAAUGUAUGGGCCCAAGUGUUCUAAAGAAGGGGCUUGUUGGAAUUUCUCGACACAUUGCACAUGUGGAAUCAUUGUUAUGCUCUGGGCCAGCUGACGUGCAUAUUAUUGGAAUUUGGGGUAUGGGCGGUAUAGGCAAGACAACCACUGCAGAUGCUGUGUUUGCAAAAGUCUCUUAUCAAUACGAGGGAUGUUACUUUGUUGCCAAUGUCAGGGAAAAAUGGAGAAAUCAAAUAAAGUUGCGGAAUAAAGUUCUGGCACAGGUGUUAGGGGACCAAAGCAUUGAUAUUAACACCCCUACUAUGAGUUCCAGGUUUGUGGUUGAAAGACUUAAAUGUAAAAAGGUCCUUGUCGUUCUUGAUGACGUGAGUUUAUCCGAACAAAUAGAAUAUCUUGUUGGAGGGCGAGAUUGGUUUGGACCAGGCAGUCGAAUCAUAGUGACAACCCGAAACAAAGAAGUAUUUAAUGGUGGAGUUGAUGGAGUAUACCAAGUGAUGGCAUUGAAUUCUCGUGAAGCACUGGAGCUUUUUAGCUUCAAUGCCUUUCAACAAGACUGUCCACCAAUGGAAUACCAAUACUUGACAGAAAGGGCAGUAGACUAUGCUAAGGGCAUUCCUCUAGCUCUUAAAAUUCUGGGAUCACAUCUUCGUUUCAAACGACCAAAAGAAUGGGAGAGUGCAUUAGAAAAACUGAAGAAAAUUCCCAAAGCUGAAAUUUAUGAUGUGUUGAGAUUGAGUUAUGAAGGAUUAGACCCUGAAGAGCAGAAUAUAUUUUUAGACAUAGCCUGCUGUUUGAAAGGAGAAACAAAAAGCCAAAUAGCAAGUAUAUUAGAUGCUUGUGGCUUCUCUACGGAAAUUGGGAUGAGAAGCCUUGAAGACAAGUCUCUUGUAACUGUUUCUAAAAACAACACAGUACAUAUGCAUGAUUUGUUACAAGAAAUGGGACGAUAUGUAGAAUAUAUGAAAAAGCCUGAAGAACGAAGUCGGUUGUGGGAUCCUAAAGAAGUUUACAAUGUCCUAAAGUAUUGCAAGGGUAUUGAAAGUAUUGAAUGCAUUGUCUUGGACAUGUCACAAAUCAAAGAGUUGACAUUAAGCCCUCAAACAUUUCAAAGAAUGUACAGGCUAAGGCUUUUGAAAUUUUAUAUACCCUCAGGCGAUACGAGAAGAAUCAAUGUGCAUAUUUCCAGAGGUCUUGAUUGCAUGCCUGAUGAAAUAAGUUAUUUCAGAUGGGACUGUUUUCCAUUUAAAUCCUUGCCACCACGGUUUUGUGCUGAGAAGCUUGUUGAACUUGAUAUAAAACAUAGCCGAAUUGCAAAGCUCUGGGAUGGAGUGCAGGAUCUUGUGAAUUUGAAGUCGUUAUGCCUAAGCGGUUGCAAGAACUUGGUUGAGCUCUCAGAUUUGUCUUUUGCCUCAAAACUAGAAAAAGUACAUCUUGAUGAUUGUACAAGCUUGUUGAAUGUUCCUUCAUAUAUUUUGUCACUCGAUAGUCUGCUUGCAAUAAAUCUGAGAAGCUGUAAACAACUUUGUCACAUUGAAAGUGAGAAACAAUCUAAAUCUCUUCGAUGGCUUAAUCUAAGAGGGUGCUCAAGACUCACAAAUUAUUCAGUUGUUUCAGAGGAACUGGAGUACUUGAACUUAGAUUACACGGCAAUUAAAGAACUCCCUGACAACCUCAGCCUCUUACCGAAGUUAAAUAAACUCUCAUUAAGAGGUACUAAUAUUGAGACCUUGCCUGGUAGCAUACAAUAUCUCUUCUUGUUGAGAGCUCUCGACGUAAGCAACUGCAGGAGGCUUCGUUCUUUGCCUAAGCUCCCGUUCUUGCUACAAGACUUGAAUGUAAGCAAUUGCAUUUCCUUAGAAACAGUAUCAAAUUUAGGGAUCAGAAUGUUGCAAGAUUCUUUUGGUAGGCUAAAGAAGAGAACAUUGCUGAGACAGAUUCACGAGGAAGAAAAAAUGUCUCUUCGUCAUCAAAAGUAUUUGGGUAGAUUUGAGUUUCAUAAUUGCAUAAAGUUGGAUCAGACAGCAGGCAGAACUGUUCUGGAGGAGGCACUUAUUAGAAUUCAGCUAGCAGCCUACCUGUCAUUGAAGUUUGAAGAAUGUUAUGUAACUGAUGAUGAAGUUUUUGAUAACUUUGACCCUGAAGAUUUUGUACGUAUAUCCCGGCCCAUUUAUAGUAUUUUAGUGGGAAAUGAAGUACCAGAUUGGUUCAUGCAUAAAAGAACAGACUCCUUGGUCAUCCCUAUUGAACUUUCUCCACUGCGCCAUUUUAGGGACAGAUUUCUGGGGUUUGCCUUCUGCCUUGUUCUUGGAGCAUCCAAAUCAAAAAGGAAGAAUAUUCGCCGUACUGGUCUUAUGGCGGGGUGUAGAUACUAUUUUGAAGGCAAAUAUGAGGGAACUUCCAUUAUGAAGUCUUGUUGUAGUGAUGCUGAAUUAGAUCAGGUAUGGGUUUGGUAUGACCAAAUUUUUGAUGUUGCAGAUCUCACAAGGAAUAUUCCAUGGAAGCUUUCCUUCGAGUUUUUUGUUUUGUCAGGUAGUUCAAGAUCUGUAGUGAAACAGUGCGGAAUUCGACCAUUGUAUGCUCCAUUUGACAUCAUGCAAAGCCUAAAUGAAGAAGUAAGCAGAGAAGCUAAGAGAGCUUACCAUGAUGUUGAAUACAACAGAAUUCCAAGGGAAUACUGGCUUCUUCGCCACUAUGCUCAUCCUCUUGACCGCCUUGGAUUUCCUUCAAAACAACCAAGGAUUUCUGAGUCUCAUGAUGGACAAUUUGGGGAACCUAUUCCACUAACUUAUUGUGCUGAUAGUGUUGAUGAAAUUCAAAUGGAACAUGCCUGCAUUGAUGAUAUUCAUGCUGAAGUACUGGUUUAUUUUGGGGUUAAUGGUAGUAACCACCGCCAACCACGUUUGCUGCGUUUAGCCCAACUGCUUCUGAAUGACUACUGCUAUUUUGGUGAACUCUCGGACAAUAUCGACAUCUUUUCAUCCCUGAGACUUUUGUCAAUACAUUGUUGCAAUAUUGAGAGCUUGCCUGCUAGAAUCAGAAAUCUUUCAAGGCUGGAAUAUCUUAAAUUUUAUGACUGCAAGAGGCUGAGGUUUCUCUCCAAUCUUCCACCAUCCCUACAAACUUUGUUUGUUACUAACUGCACAUCUCUGGAGACGGUUGAAUUUUCUGAGGAAUACAACAUGGAUGUUGGUGUUGAUAGAAUUUUUCGCUACAAAAUGUCCGGUUGGCUGAUUGGAAAAGUAUCGAGAAUACAAGUUACUGAGCCAGCAGGAAAUGUCAUAAACUGGUGGUUCAUGCAAAAAAACUGGUACUUCCAUGGCCACUAUUAAAUUCAAUGUUGCUUCACAAUUACAUACAUUGAAUAUUGAGAGACGCGACAGCAGGACGAUAGAAGUUACUUUAAAGGAUUUAUGCUGCGACACUUCCGAAUAUAUGAUCCUCGAUAAGAAACAGAUCGAGUUUUUAAAAUAUAUAAAAAAACAAAGACAAAAAAGAAUUUGUUCCUAGAAUAAGAAUUGAUUCUAGAGUUUGUUUCUAAAAUAAGGGAAAUAAAUCAUAAAUUGAUUUGUUUUCAAUGUAAUUAUUUAGUGUAAUUAUCCAAAUAGUUAUGUAGCCUUUAUAUAUACAAGAAAUGACAAUGAGAAAGACAUCAAGUUGGCGGGACGGGCAUGAUUUUUAUGCCUAUUUUACUUGGCGGGUUUGUCCGUCCCGCUCGUUUUUUGGCAGGCUUAAGGCGAGGCGGGCUGCCCGUUUUGCCACCCCUAGGUGAGUGGUUUGAAAUUGGUUUUGGCUUCUAUAUGGUGAAAAACACAUAUGAAAAUUCCAAAAUACCUUUCGGAUAUCUAUAUCCGAACGCAUCUAAUUUUUAGUUUCAGGUGUUUUCGGAUAUGCAUAUCCAGAAUAUC